AAAGUUGUGUCCACCCAGCACGAUGCAAAUAUGAACGAUAAGAAAAGAAGCAGCACGUGCUUAAUAGCUGAGGGGUGCCCCUGCUCGGAUGAUAAAAAUGCCACAUUGGAAGGCGAAAGGAACAUAAAAAAUUUAACUGCUCUGUUAAAUUGUUACACGAAUCAUGAUGCUCAGGAUGACAUCAGCGAUUUUUUAGCUAGCUCCUAUAGGAGCUUCCUAACAAAUUGUAUAUGUGAAGAAUUGAAGUGUGCCACUAGCAGAGAUCUGAACCAUUUAAUCGGGGUAUGUCUUGAUGUCAUUAGGAACAAUCACCAAACAUUCAUGUACCAAAAUAUUUAUUUCAUCAGCUUGAAUACGUUAUUUUUUUUGCUAAACAAAGUCGACAAUGUAAGUGAAUACUUGGAAUAUUUGUCGUGCAAAUAUUUUUACGAUUUAAUUUUUACUAACCUUUGGGGUGAAGACAGUCAUAUUGAAAUAUUUGCAAAAUUGAAUUAUAUUAAUUUUUUUAUCUCAUCGAGGAGUUUUAGCAAGAUCAUAGAGACACCAGAUGACGAUGAUGAUGUGGCCACCCUCCCGGUUAACAAAAUUUUGAAUCUCCUGUCCAUCGCACUGUUAGCUGAUGAGAGGGAGACUCCCACGUCCGGCAGAAACACGAGAAUAGGUAAUACCGCAAGAAGGGUAAGCAAAAACGUCCAUCAUGGCAAUACAAUUUUGACGAAUGACGCACAUGUGUCUCCUUUUUUAAGCGCCCCCUGCAUUUUUCCGCAUUUGCGAGAUAGCCCUCCGCCCCCCCACGGGGAUCUUCAAAAUGGGGAAAUAUUCGCAAACCAGAUUAAUGACAAAGUGUUACUAUAUAAAAGACAGAAAACGGGUGCAUACAAACACCCGUUUGAAGAGGGAAAAAACAAAACUGAUCAACGUAACGGUGACUGUGACACGGUUGUGGUUCCCUCGAAGGAGGAAAUAAUUUUUAAAAUUUACCAAACGAUUAUUCAGUUGGUCAUCAAAUUUGACUUAACCAUUUAUAUCAUACACGAAUGCAUAAAUGUGCUGCUAAAUUUGUGUGAGAAAUGUCACGAAGAAUUACUGCUCUAUGAUUUUCUGUGGCUAUACAAGUUUUCCCUAAAAAAUGACACAACGGAAAAGACACAACGGUUUAUUGCCUUCAUAAUACAGCUGAUUACAAAGUGUGAAAAGAAAACGCACAAACGGUUAUUUUUUAAGCUGUUAAAAGAUUUUGAUUCCUUUUUGAACCUCCUGUUUAUGUCCAACUCGGAUAUACGCGUGUACGCGAAGGAGUGCCUGCUGUCGCUAAAUAUUGCGAAUGCGCCUUUGCAUAGCGAUGAAAAGGUGGUCAAGCAGCGUGGAGGUACCGCGGCAACCAGCAGAACGUGCCACAUAGCAGCCCAUGCACAAAGUCAGUUUUGCAAGAUCACAAAUUUAAUUUUGUUCCACAUGGAUUAUAUCCAUCAUGUUAGCACUGACCAACCUGUAGACGAAAACGCCAAAGAAACCAAAUAUGAUGAGUUUUUUAAAAGCAAAAUCGGGCAAGAACCUCUGCUGAAAAGGUAUAUAAACGAUCAAGUUAAUGUAAAAAAAGGGAAAUUAUUUCGCAAAGAUAAAAAGGACCCAGAUAAAAAUACCAUCAUCAGAAAUAAUAUAGUCGAAAUGGAAAUUUUGGUUAAAACGCUGGACUGUCUUUUGGGCCUUGUUCCAGACAGGAGCAGUGCCAGUGUAUGCUUUAUUUUUUUUUUCAUACACAUUUUGAAGUUAAUUAAAAAGGUAAGUAAAAAUGGGAACUUACAAUUUCCGAAAGAAUUUUUCUUCUUUGUGAAACAUUUAUUCAUCCAAGCAGUGUACGUGCUCGAAGGCGUAGACCGGAUGGAGGACAAACUAGCGAGUGGCCAAAACGGCCGAUCCAUAAUAGAUCACUUCAGCAUCGAAAAUGAAGCCAGUUAUAAUAAAAAUGGGAGUGAGGCUCUAUUUGAGAAGAGGGAAAUGAAAAAAACAAUUGAACGGAUCCAACUGCGAGCUAAAGGGAGAAGCGAAAAACCUCUGCUUUUCCUGCUAGAGGAAAUGUAUUCCACAGUUAUAUUCUUUUUAAUGCCAACUGAGGAGAAGUGGUCCUUCCUAAACUCGUCCAAUUGUUAUUUUUUCAAACAAGUUCUGCUAAGAAUAUCUCAUUUUUGCUACAAAAAAAAGGCAAGUGUAAAUAUGAUGAAGUUCUUUUUUUUGGACAGCGUUUUUAGAAGAAUUAAAAAAAGGACCAAGUGGAAAUUGAGCCAUAAGAAGGUGCACCAUGAGCAUCAUUACUGGCACCGACCACCGUAUGUAUAUCUUGAUGAGGAGGGCAGUAUUUUGCUAAAGGGGCAGCUAAAUUAUAAGAAGUAUGCUGCCCUUUUUUUCGAAAAGACGGAGUAUAUAUCGGGAGAUCAGGCCUUUCAUUUUGCGUUUUGCCUAGAUUUUCUAAAAACGUUUAUCCUCUUUGAUAAAUCGAUGAGUUACGAUUCAAAGUGGGGCAAAUAUAAAAGGCUAAUUAUAAGCAUAUGCAAAGCUCCUAUUUUUAAGUACAAGUUUUUCUUACCCGCAACGAACACAAGCAGCUGCUUCUCCCAGGCAGUUGCAGUUCUGCACAAUGUCUAUUUGGGCAUUUAUAGGAGUGGAAGGGGUAAGAAAUUAUUGCAUGAAAUUUCUCUUCUGCUACUAUUAUGCUGUGACAAAGCGUUGAGAAGCAUUAAGAAGGAUAAUGUUAUUUUUUAUGGUGAAAAGGUGGGGGGUCCUAAAAGGUGUUACAAAAUGAGGAGGAGUUCCUGGGACGAAUUCCACGAUGAAGGCAAAGCGAAAAGCAGUGAACAGGAAGAACCCAUUAAAAUCACAAAUACGUUUGAAAAACCUUUCAAGGAAUAUUAUUUAAAUAAUUCUUUACCCGUUUUUAUAAAAUGCUUGAGCGCCUUAACAGACAUAGUCAAAUUAAACAUCAUGGGAUGCUGCACAGUUGACAACACGCGGGUAGUAGUAAAAAAAUCGAAAAUUGAGAAAAGAAAAAAGAAACGUCGUACCUAUCUAAAGAGUGAAAGAAGUUUAAUUCUCUUCAGUCACAGAUAUAUGAGCAAUUUUUGUAAAUGCCUUAUGAAAAAAACGAGCGAGGAUUUUUUCUACAGCGCUCGAAAGUAUGUACUGAGUUUUAUUCAGCACUUCAUCGCACUGAACACCAUUUUAACGCUCAAGUAUAAAUUAAGAAGUCGCAAUAAUUUAAGCGUAGAUAAAAUUUUGAGUUUUUGUUUUUAUAACAUUUUCACCGAUCAUGAUGUAAGCGUUUUUUCAAUAAUAUAUUCUAUUGCCUUUUCCUUGAAAAAUUACCUAACGUUAUGCGGGGCAAAAGUUAAAAAGUCAAACCAUUAUCUGGCUGUGUGCGAUGAUUUAAUAUUCCAAAUUGUUGAUGAGUAUUAUUCCUACGAUUUCCCGUAA